AUGACACAAUUCCGGUCGAUUCUGAUUGGUGGUAAUUUAGAGACAUGUAUCAAGUCAUUAUCACGUAUCCCCGCCUGCGACAUUGACCGCUGUGUUGACGACGCACUCGAUCGAUUCAACAACACACCUCUCUCAACCACCAUCACAAAGUAUGUAGCUGGUGCAGACUCUGAUCUGUGGUGGAUGCAAGAGGUGCAAUUGGACGAUCGAAAAAACGAGAUGUUUCCACGUAUCAAUAUCCACGAUCUCAUCAACAUGCACAGUGAUCAUUUAGCAGCUGCUGAAGCUGCCAAAGCAGAAGAUAAAAACAAAAAGAAUAAUAAUAAUAAGAAUAAUAUGACAACAGCAGAAAAGAAUAAGAAUAAGAAUAAUAAUAGUAUAAAGAAGACUGUUAAAGUAUUGGAUAUUAGACCAGCACAACAAUUCCAACAAUGUCAUUUCCCACAAUCGAUCAAUAUCAACAUUUCAAUUGUUUUACAACCACAAGCUUCAUCCAACAAGACAAAGAUACUACAACAAUUGGAGCAGUGUAAGGGUAGUCCCAUCGUAGUCAUCUCUGCCAAAACACAAAAGGAUGAAGAAUUAGAGUUUUGUAAUACAUUGGUCAAGAACAAGUUCCCAUAUGUCACCUUGUUGAAUGGUGGUAUCGAUGCUCUUGAACAUGGUGCUCAAUCUAUUUUAAUCAUUACUAGUCUUCCUCCAUCUUCCAAUAACAACAACAACAGCAAUAAUAAUACCAAUAGUCGUAGUGAUCGAUCUGAUGAUCGUAGUCUAAGUGAUAGAAGUUUUAGAGGUGAUUAA